AUGACAGACGAGUGCAACGAGAACGCAAUGAAGCUGUUCGAGAAAGCGGGAAAUCUAGCCUGUGGUUUCAAAGCGAAACGGAACUUGAGCCCGUGGCUAGAUAUUCACCUGGAAGAGAUCGACAACUUUCAGAACCUUAUCUCUCGACUUACCCAGGAAAUGAACAACAACAUCCUGACAGCGAGAGAAGAACGGAAGACGGUCAGGAAAGACUACAAAAAAGCAAAGAAAUGGUGGGAAGAAGAGUGGUGGAUGGAAAUUGUCGAAGACGCGAGGAAGGCAGAACUCCAAGGCGACAUCGAGACGCUGUACAAGACACUGAAGCGUAUUGGAAUCAGAGACAGCUGCACCUUUGAGCACGAAACCUUCAGCCCCGAAGAGUUCCGAAGUCACUUUAUGAAAGUAUCAGAGAACAGAUACGAAAGAGGACAAGACGAGAUCGUUAAGACUCUGGAAGAGAUCCCCGAGCGCACCGACCAGACAGCACUGGAAGCGGCCAUUGAACUGGAGAGAGUGGUCACGUGGAGGGAGUUUGAAACGGAGUUGGCCAAGAUGAGGGAUGGAGCACCAGGGAACGACGGAGUUCGGAUGCUAGCAGUAAAGGUGGCCAGCAAACCAAUUAAGCAGCAGCUCCACAGGAUGAUUGUGCGGUUGAUAGACAUGAAGCCGGAGGACUGGCCAGAAGAAAUAAAGGAAGGCUGGGUCAUUCCCCUGCACAAGAAAGGUCCCAAGAACGACCUGAGCAACUACUGUGGAGUGUGCCUGUUACCACUGGCAAGCAGACUGAUCGCACGGAUCUUCGCGACGAGACUCCGGACAUGGGAAGAAACCAUUGGCGUUCUGGAUGAGAACCAGAACGGCUUCCGUGAUGGAAGGUCUACGGCUGACUCAACGCAGAUCAUUAUCCGGAUGGAAGAAGAAACAAGAAGAGUGUACGGGAUGACAGACGAGUGCAACGAGAACCGGCCAGGGGCUGUCCUCCAAGACAUCACCAAGGCUUACCCUCGCACCAACAAACCCCUUCUGUGGGGUAUGUUAGCCAGAUUUGGCAUGACGGACAAGGUGCUCGACCUGCUGAAAGGUCUCCAUGAAGAAACGCGAUACCGGGUGAAAGGAAAGGAAGGUCUCAGCGAUGAUUGGGCCCCCGCCAAGGACUCAGAGAGGGUCCGCAACAUCACCUAUCCUUUUUAA